GGUUAGAUAAAUACUGUUUAUGGCAUUAAGGAAAAGUAUAUUUAUUUCCAUGAUUUCUAGAAUUUUUAACAUAAGCAGGCUAAUCCUAUAGAACCUUGGGGAAACUACAGAAUUUUAGAGCAGGAAGGUUCAACUCCAUCAUUUUAUAGGCAUUUUGGAAACUGAGGCAUUGAGAAGGGAUGUGACUUGCUCCAAACCAAAGAACAAGGAAAAGGUUGAUCAGAAGGGGGCGCUGCGCGCAGGCGCAAGAGGACGACGCGGCUGGGCCGGAAGGAACGCGGUGGUGCCUUUUGCUGAAUGAAGUGGUGGCGGCGGCGACGGCGGCUGAGACUGGGGUCGGACCGGAGCUAGCGCGCCCUGAGAUUGUUCUGAGUACUUCAUUGCUAUACUUAGGUAUUAGCUCGUACAUAUAUGUACAGAUCUGUGUUUUAAAAUGGCAGAGGGAGGUGGCAAUGAAGAGGUGAUUCACUUGAACAGCUUUCAUGGUCACAGGGGGAAAGACAGGAUAAGUCACAGAGAUGAAGGACUCAUCACCAUAUCAGACUCCUCAGAUGAAGAACUUGCUCUUUUGCCAAUCACACCAACUUCUCGACAGCAUGAAAAAGAGGAGGUUGACUAUGACUACGAUGACGAUGAGAAGGAUGAUGACAACGAUGACGAUGAUGAUGUUGUCAUCUUGGCAGAAACAAAUAAACCGCAACUAUUGCGGCCUAUUGUCAAACCUGCUGCCCAGUGGCAGGAUCUGAAUAGCCUGGGAGAAGGAGGGUCUAAAAAGAGCAUGACUACAUUUCUGCAAGAAAAGGAUGGUCUUUUUUCAACAACAAAUAAUGAACCAAGUUUCAGUGAAAAUGAUAACAAUAGAAACCAGGAUCCUCAGUUGCCUGGCCCCUCUGAACGCAAUAAGCAUAGGGCCAAAAAAGACCGAAAUCCCAAGCCUGGACCAAGUAGUAUCCAAGCUGUUAAAGUAAUUUUGAAACCCGAUGUGAAAAAGGAAAUAAUCAAUUUAGAAGAAGCUAGCUUUCAAAGCAAGCAUCCGAAUGGCCAAAACCAGUCAACUGAAGACUCUGAACCAGAGCAUAUACCAAACCUCCGAGAAACAGCUGCUGCAGUAGAUGACCAGGUCAUAAGAGAAAAUAGUUGGUUAGAUCAUCCUUAUUUCCAACCCAUAGACCAAGAACUGAAUGAGUUAGCAAAUCAGGUUGUUCCACAGCAGGGGCAGCCCGAAGCAGACCUCUCAUAUCGAGAUGAGAUUCCAGGACCAGCUUUUCCAAGGCCAGAACCACAGCAGGAUGGGAUCCCAGGCCCUUCCUCUCCUCAGCCUGCCCAUCCUCCUGGAGAACUUAAAGACCAUCAGCUAGCAAUAGAUGAUGAACAGCCUGGUCCAGCUUUCCCAUUCCCCGGAUCUCAUCAGCCUGACUUGGGAAAUGUUCCAGAACAAGGAGGCACUGGUGCAGAUCAAGAAUUUAUUACACUACUCGUGAAAGAAACAGAAGCAAGGUUUCCAGAUGUAGCAAAUGGUUAUAUUGAAGAAAUAAUACAUUUGAAGAAUUUUUAUGAUUUAAAUGUACUUUGUAAUUUUCUUCUGGAAAACCCAGAUUAUCCAAAGAAGGAAGGCAGAGUGGUUUUAAAUCCUAAUAGUAGCCUGCUUGCCAGCCAAGAUGAGAAAAAGGUGUCUAAAGUGGACUAUUUUGACUUUUCUAAACUUACUCCUCUUGACCAGCGUUGCUUUAUGCAAGCUACUGAUCUACUCAUGGAAGAUUUCAAAAUGCUCAGCACUCAGGACAUCAAGUGGGCACUACAUGAGCUCAAGGGACACUAUGCAAUCACCCGAAAGGCCUUUUCUGAUGCCAUUAAAAAAUGGCAGGAGCUAUUACCAGAAGCCAGUGGAAAGAGAAAAAAGAGGAAAGAAAUGAAUCAGUAUUCUUACAUAGAUUUCAAAUUUGAACAAGGUGAUGUAAAAAUAGAGAAGCGGAUGUUCUUUCUGGAAAAUAAACGUCGACACUGGAGGUCCUAUGAGAGGCGUUCACUCCUUCCGCCUGUGAGAAAAGAGCAAGAAUUCUAUGAGAAGAAAGUCAAGGAGAUGGCCGAACAUGCUGACUUUUUGCUUGCCCUGCAAAUGAAUGAAGAACAGUAUCAAAAGGAUGGUCAGAUGAUAGAAUGCCGUUGCUGUUAUGGAGAAUUUGCAUUUGAGGAGCUGACUCAGUGUGUUGAUGGUCACUUAUUCUGCAAGGAGUGCCUAAUCAAAUAUGCCCAAGAGGCAGUCUUUGGCUCAGGAAAGUCAGAGCUCAGCUGUAUGGAAGCCAGCUGCACAUGUUCGUUCCCAACCAGUGAGCUGGAGAAGGUGUUGCCAGAAACCAUCCUGCGAAAGUACUAUGAGCGAAAAGCUGAAGAAGAAGUAGCCGCAGCCUGUGCAGAUGAACUGGUUAGGUGUCCCUUCUGUAACUUCCCAGCUCUUUUGGACAGUGAAGUGAAGUGGUUCAGUUGUCCCAAUCCUCGUUGCAGAAAGGAAACCUGUAGGAAGUGUCAGGGCCUAUGGAAAGAACAUAAUGGCAUUACCUGUGAACAGUUGGCUGAAAAAGAUGACAUCAAAUAUAGAACAUCUAUUGAAGAGAAAAUGACUGCUGCCCGCAUUAGAAAAUGCCAUAAGUGUGGAACCAGCCUCAUAAAGUCCGAAGGUUGUAACCGUAUGUCUUGUCGCUGUGGUUCCCAAAUGUGCUACCUCUGUCGAGCCUCCAUCAAUGGGUACGACCACUUCUGUCAGCAUCCCCGAUCACCAGGAGCCCCUUGCCAGGAAUGUACAAAAUGUUCUCUUUGGACUGACCCCACAGAAGAUGACGAGAAGCUUAUCCAGGAAAUUCAGAAGGAGGCCGAAGAAGAGCAAAAGAAGAAAAAUGGAGAGAACAACUUCAAACGGAUUGGGCCCCCCAUGGAGGCAGCUCCUGAAAAACUCCAGAGGAUUGAAGUCAUCCCAAGACCUGUUCCACAAAACCUUCACCAAGCCAGGAUCCCUCCUUAUCCCUUUGUUCACCCACCCUUUCCUUUGCCUCCUGUCCGUCCCAUGUUCAACAAUAUUCCCCUCAACCUUGGCCCCAUCCCUGCUCCCUAUGUCCCUCCUUUGCCAAAUAUGCGAGUGAACUAUGAAUUUCCCCCAAUCAAUGUCCCACUGGAGCACAACUUACCUAUGCACUUUGGUCCCCAGCCACGUCAUCGGUUUUGACAGGUGGGAUAGAUGCCUGAAGUGGAAGCACCGAGGAGGGCCAUCCUGUGUAAUAACUCUCCUUCUCCCAACUCCCUUCAUUAUUCUACAGAACUGAAAGGAGCAGCCUGAGAAUCUCCCCCAGUUAAAUUUCAUUGGGGGGUGGGGGAGGGGGAGGGGGUGUUAAAGAUACACAGCCUAGUUCAGAUGUUUACCCCACUUUUUUCCCCUAAAACCAGUAACUGCUGCUGAGCCCAUAGAGGUGGAAGUUUACAGAUUGGGCUGCCAAACAUGACUAAUUUGGGGCCAAUUUUCCUUUUCUUUGAUAGUGAUAGUAGAGAGACUUAUCCAGGCCCCAAACUCUCCUCUGUUUCCCCCUCCACCCCAACUUUCUCUUAUCUCUCUCUCUCUCUCUUGCCUUUUCCUGUAUUUAAGAGUGUAAGUAGUCACUGAUCUUUUAAGUACAGCUGAGAAGAAUAAAAGAGCCCAGGAUCCCUUGGAUACCAGUAACAGGAUUUGCCCGUGUGAUUUUGGGCUCGAGGAUUCCAGCAAGGAGAGAGGGAAAUGUAAAACCUACCCUGCCAGAAAAUGACCAGCACAGCACAUAACUUGUCAGUAAGCAUGACAACCCUGUGCUAUCCAUUAAUUCCUUCUGAAAUUUUCCUAAAGGAGAUAGAAUGAUGUGAAAGAAAAGCUGCUUUGCCUGCCCCUGAUCAGAACAGACAACAGGGAAGUCACCACUAGUGAUCCAGGAAAGAUGACUUCUUGAGUUUUCUAAUUAAAUUGGGACUCCUCCACUCGUGCUAGUUAAUGCAAGUAUGAAAGUACAUUCAAGAGGAUUCAUAUAUGGAGGAGAGAAAUGGUAGGUGGUGCUUCAUUAGGAGCUCCCCUUAGAAUGGCCUGUGCUUCCCCAGACUUCCCCUAGGGCUUCAAAGGACAACUUCACAAUGAGAUAUUGACCUCCAGUUUCAGUCCAGUGGCAACCAGGUAUAAUUAAGGAAGAUAAAUGACCCUCAUGCCUCUUAGCUCAGCUCCUCCUCACUGAGCAGAAUAGGUCUCCACUGCUCACUUUAGGCUAAAAAAAAAAAUACUAGUAGUUUUGCAAGCACUCCUGUCUGAAUCUUCUUAGAAGAGGCACCACUACUCAUCCUGAGCUCCAUGAAUCAUGGAGUUAAAGUCCGAGUCUUGUUGUGGUUUCAUUAGCGUGCCCUCUUCUCACUCUGGGAAUGAGUGGAGUGGUCUCAGCCACAUUAAUUUUGUCACAUAGCCACAUGGGAGGGAGCUCCCUGGAUAGUCAAACGUAUACUCCUUGAUCUGAGUAGGGGAAAGAUGUUAAUGACCGGUACUUUAUAAAUACAAGAGGCCCCGUAGAUGAAAAGGCUGAGAUUCUUUUACCCAAAUCCCAGUGUUGGAUUUCAUCUUACCUCUUGAGUGUGACAACUUGCACUAUACUGUAAGUGAGUGUUAUUCAUCCAGAAAGGUUUUCUCACUCUCUUCCUUUCAGCCCCCUCCCCUUCCCCUUUCUACUGCCUCCAAAAAAAAAUAAUAAUCACUAAAUAAUCUUAUUGUUUGAGACUUUGAAAAUAAACUUCCGACCUGAUUGGUUUGCCCCAUUCUUCUCUGAUUACCUGUGCCCCACUUUGAUUCUUAUUCCUUGGAAAAUCCACUUUUCUAGAAUCAGCUUUUCUAAACCAAGCUUACUAGUAAGAGCUGAUCUUAAACUCCUUUAGUUGUAUUGAAAGAUUCCUCCCAGUAUUUACCCAGAACAGUCAAUCUCUGUAUUGUAGCAUCACCAUCUCUGGGCCUCCCCUUGACUCUUCUACUAGCCUAGUGCUGGGAUAAUCUUUGGUGACAUCAGAACCACAUGGUUAACUAUUUCUCAACUUUUGCUGCUAAGUUUUGUUUAUAUAAAGAGAAAGGAAAAAAAGUCUAUAUAGGGAUGUAAAUUUCUGAAUGCUGCUUAGCUGGUCUUUAUUCAGGUUAAAACUGCACCUUACCCUAAAAGAUAUUCCCUUGGACAGCCAGGGGCAGGCAGGCCAGCAUACUGUUACACUGUACUUAAGGAGGGGCAGAAGAGAAGACUGAGCAUCCCACUUCUUUUUGUGCAUCCAGUUUCCCCUCAAUGUUAAUGUGAUAAGUGCUUAUAUGUAGAUCUUAGUUAUUAACAUUUCUGAAGUCUUUUCCCUCCGGAAAAGUCUUGGCUUCUGGCUCUGGAAUGUAGCUUGCAGCUUAGGCUCUAGGACCUGUGGUACUUCUGCUGCAACUUUUUCCAAACUUCCUUUGGAAGACUGGCCCGUGGCAGUCAUAGAAUGAGCCAUUGUAUGUGCAGGGGUCCAACCAGUAACUUCCCCACUUCUUUUGCCUGCUGAAUAAGUUACUUUUAUUUCCUCUGAUUUCUCCCACCCCACAGAUUUGGAAAAUUAUUUUCCUUGUUCUCCUUUUGCCAUCAGCCUUCUAUGUAUAAACUAGGACAUAUGGUUGCCAAUUCACUUGCUUUCAUUUCAUUAGUGAAUCUAGCUGAUCAGUUACUUGGCGUCUGGCUGGAGGCUUUACUCUUAAAUGUCAGACCCCCAAAAAGGUUAGAUAGAAGUGUGUGUGUGUGUGUUAUUAUGCCCCUUUCUAUUUCAAGCAUCAUUGCUGCAGCAGUAAAGGCCUCCCUGUUAUUAGUAAGGAUACUCUUACAGCUAUGCCUGUUAGCAUUGGUACGUCAAACACCUAGCAUACAUGUGAAAUCAGUGGGGCUUUGGGCAAGAAAACAUUUCCCCAUUAACCAGAAUAGAGCUGUCUGGUUUACUGGUAAUCAAGAUAUCACCCAUCAGCCGAUUAGACGUGCUUCAAAGAUCAGAAAGAAAAAAAUCCAGCCUCCAAAGAAAUGCCUUUCAUACUUCUGCCUUUCCACAUGAUGGUCUGUUAGGACCUAGUAUUUGGAGAGAGAAAGCUAUGUUAGGAUUGGUUCAAGAGAUGUGGCAGAUGAGAGCAAGGAAGAAUUUUGAGCAGAGGGCUUCUGGUCCAAAUUUGUGACUGUAUCUUCAGGAAGAGCUCUUCUCUAGACUCUCUUCCUUCCCCUCAGGUCCAGUCAUUCCUUAUAAAUUUCUAUAUGAUCACUUUUGAGGGACAUGCCUGUUUUGUCUGCCUGAGGUUCAGGACUAGCCCUAAUAACCAGUGCCUUUUCCAUCGGUAUUUUUGUGAUAUGCAUCAUGCAUGUGUCACGGAUGUGCCUUCCGGGGCAGUAGAUUGGUUUAUUACAAAGCACAGGAGCUCCUUUUAUUAAGUAUCGUUAAAAAAAGGUUCCCCCCAAUAACUUCCUUUGUGACAGUGGUUGUAGGGACCACGGAAGGGGCUCGAAUCCUAGAAUUUCAGAAUUGGAAGAUCGCUGAGCCAGGAUUUCCUUUACAGCAAACUGCGCCAUCCAGGUUAAGUGUCAGGUUUUCCAUUGACAGUGGAUCCUACGUGUGGGCAUCUCUCCCCCACAGAGGUGUGUGCGUGCGCAGUCAAGCUUGGCUGUGCAGUAGAUUCAGAAGGCAGUAGGUGGCAAGUGGCACAUGUAGAACCACCUGAGAGGACACUUAGUCAAAUGAGCCGUCACUUUCAUUAGACCAUUCACCUUACAGUUUCUGUUCGUUUGCGUUGCUUUACAGUGUGUAUAUGUUAACAUGUUAAAUUUGGGGAACGAGACAGAAAAGCAUUUGGUUCUGCAAUAGCUGGGGAAAGAUGGAUGAUUUUUAGGGUGGCAUAUGUGAGACAGGCUCACAAAAAGCCUGGACAAACCCCUCCCUAUCCUUGGAAACCACUGCUUUGGCUGUUUGGGUUUGUGUGUAGUUGUGCUCUCUUCGCUGGGAAAAAUGCUUGACAUCCACCAUUGAUCUUACUCAAAUUGUUGAAUCAAUAUGAUGAUGUGGAAAGAGCACAGGAUUUGGAGUCAGGAGACCUGGGUUCAAAUCCUGGCACUGCCUGUGUGACUUUAUUCAAGUCACUUGACCUCGCUGGGUCUCAGAUUCCUCAUCUGUAAAAUGAUGUGGGUUGGGGUAGGUGACCUAUUUGGUCUCUCCUAACUCUAAAUAUUCUUGGUGAGAAACUCUUGCAGUCUGCAACAGAAAAUCCCAACAGCCAACUUGACUUAACUGUGCUCAUGCUCCAAAUGAUAUUUGGAUUUCAAGCAAACAGAAACCCUUUUUUCUUGUCAUUUAGCUACCUGGUUUUGCAAAACUUGCAGAGUUAAAUAUUACCAAGUCACAGAUGAGGUGGGGGAGCUUCAAAGAAAUGAAAAGGAAUUGGGCAAGUGGUUGUUUUUGAUGGUGUGGUCACUACCACCUAGUUUUAGUAUUGCCUUGUUCUGUUUGUCAGUGGGAGCAAUUUUCUCUGAGAUAGAAUUCAUCCUCUCCCAGGGCUCUUGCUUUGGGAGGCAUAUUGUUGCAGAGAAUCGUCACUCUGCCCUGCACUAGAGUGAGGAGUUAUUGGAGAGGCCAAAGAGAUCUGAAUCCCAUCCCACUGGCAGGCAAUCAUGUGCACAGAUAAAAAUGACAGGAAGUCCAAAGUGAUUAGCCCAGCUCCUGGGAAAUAAAGCAAAAGCAAACAAAAGCCCUCCUAUCUUGCAGGCUCUGCAUUGUACAGUUUGGCUCCUUUUAUGCCACAGUCAUGGCUGUCUAGCUCCCAGACUGAGGCAGCUGCCUGCCCGAGAGGUCUCCGCAGUGAGCAAGGCUCCGCCCUUCCCCAGUUAGAGUCCCAUUUUACUUGCCUUAAUGGUGGAAAGAGGAAUUUAGUAUUUGCACUUAGCAAAACAUUUUAAAACUGUAAAGAAUUGUGCAUGAUCUACAACUUUGUAUAACAAUAGAUGAAAAUGAAUAGGUGGUUUAUUAAAAAUAAAUAUUUUUCUUUACCUUCUGGUAGUACAAAAUAAUAAAAAUAAAAGCUGUUAUGUUUUCUUGUGUGUAAAAAGUCUGUAUUAUAUGUAAUUUGGAUUUUUUUGUAAAUAAAUUUUUGUGCACUCUG